UAUUAGACGAACGCUUUUUUCAAUAGCAUAGUCAGUUUCUUGGUGGCGUUUGGUUUGGAAUCGUGUCCAAUUGAUUUCGUUCGAACAACGAGCAUAAGUUUCGACUUAAUUUUCAAGUGUUUUUGAGAAGAAAAAAAAACAACAACAACAGAAACAAAAAUGAACAGAUUUUUUAUUGUGGCAAUUAGUUGUGUGAUUGCACUGUUUUGCGUUAAUUUGGCUGUAAGUCAUCCACAAAUUCAGCAGCAACAACAACAACAACAACAACAACCGCAACAACCACAAUCAGGUGAGAGUCCGGUAACACAAACUUGCUUGGGAUGUAUUUGUGAGGCAAUAAGCGGAUGUAAUCGAACUGCAAUUUGUACUGGCGAAGUCUGCGGUUUAUUCCGUUUGACUUGGGGAUAUUGGGCAGACAGUGGCAAACCAACGAUUGCGGGUGAAUCACCAACGUCAGAAACAGCAUAUGCCAACUGUGCAAAUGAUGCAUACUGUGCCGCUAGUGCCGUUCAAGGCUAUAUGACGAGAUUUGGCCAAGAUUGCAACGGCGAUGGAAAAAUCAACUGUUAUGAUCAUGCGGCCAUUCAUUACAAGGGUGGAUACGGAUGCAAGGGUGACUUACCGGAAAAAUAUGGCAACGUAUUUAAUAGCUGCUUGGGACAAUUCUUAAAGACGUAACUAAUUUAUUCGGAAUUUGCUAUCCUCACAAUCGCUGUUUAAAUAUACUUACAACAAUAUCUUAAACACCUUUUUUUAUUACAUUUAACAAAAACAUGAAAGAAUAAGAUUCAGUAUUUAUUCAAAAAAAAAAAAAAAACAUUUAGAUGCCCGCAAGACUGUCAUGUAUUAUGUAUGAAAAGCUACGGACACACAUUGUGCUCCUUUUCAGUUUCAAAAUUUGACAACUUCUAAAUUCUGUAAAAAAAUGAAAUCUUUUUUUUUUUAAAUAAAAAGUAAAUAAGCCAUAUGUGUACUA